AUGAUCCGCGAUUACGUGAUGCUCCUCUCCUGGCUGUGCACGGUGCAGGGGAAAAUAGGCUACUUCUGGCACAUCACCGACAUCCACUACGACCCGAAGUACUCGACGCAGGGAAACACGGCGAACAAGUGCUGGAACACGAGGAGCAACGUGGACAAUGGUCGGAUGCGACUGGACCAGCGACCGGAUGGCGCAUUCGGGGACUAUAAAUGCGAUUCGCCGUGGGCCCUCAUCGAAUCGGCGGCCCAGGCCAUGAGGACGAAGCACGCCGAAGGAAUCGAGUUCGUCCUGUGGACAGGGGACGCUUUGUCGAACGCCGCGGGGAUGAGCGACGAGCUGCGCCUCCAGUCCCUCAAGAACCUGACGGAUCUUCUGUCUCACACGUUCACCGGCCUCUUCGUGUUCCCCGUCUUGGGCCACGAAGACAUCGGCUUGAAUUUCACCCAGAUCACAAAUCUUUGGAAGCACUGGCUGCCGCAGGAUGCUCUCAACACUUUCGAGAAGAACGGCUUCUACACGAUCGACCAGCGGACCCAGAACUACCGGAUCAUCGUGCUGAACACGAACCUGUGGAUGAAUUCGGGGGCGAUAAUCGACAACCGGAUUCCGCAACGCAACGUUGUGACGACCAGCGACAACUCGAACGACCCUUACGGCCAAUGGGAGUGGUUUCAGUCGAUCUUGACAACGGCUCGAAAAAAGGGCCAAAAGGUGUACAUCGCGGGUCACACGCCGCCAGGGAUGGACGAGAGGGAGAGCAAUUCCGGGGCUUUUCACGAGAAGCACAACAGCAGAUACCUGCAGCUGGUCCGCCAGAAUUCGGACAUAAUUCGCGGACAAUUCUUCGGGCACUGGCACUCGGACACGUUUCGCGUGAUCUACAAUGACGCAGGUGCCCCGGCCUCGUGGAUGAUGAUGGCUCCCAGUAUCACUCCGCACCGCCUGGGGGGACCGAACAAUCCUGGAUUACGGCUGUACAAGUUCGAGACUAAUACCGGACAGGUUCUGGAUUAUACGCAGUUCUAUCUAAACUUGGGCGCCGCUAAUUCCGCGGGCAAGGCGAAUUGGGCGGUGGAGUACUCCCUCCUGGCGCACUACGACCUGAAGGAGAUCACGGCCCUGAGUCUGCACAACCUCGCGGACAGAUUCACACAGUCGAGCGAUUACGCCUUCGUCAGAUAUUACGCGGCGAACACGGUCUCGCUGCCCCGGGAGGUGGAAGAGAUAUGGGGCUGCGGCGGAGCCCUGAGCGGAGCCUGUGCCCUGCACCACUACUGCGCCGUGACCCGCCUGAACCCGGACUCCUUCAGGAACUGCCUGGCCUCCUACGCGUACGCCCUGGCGGGAGGAAAGGGCGCGCCAGGUGCCCGGGUGCACCUGGCGCCCUACCUGGUGCUGGCGGCGGGCUCCUACCUCCUCAGGAACCGGUAG